AUGACAUCAUCUUCGGAUGUAACACCAGAGAACUUUGUUCGUGCUGUUCAAAUGCUUUAUCAUGAUCAAGAUGCUACAAGAAAAAAAAUAGCUUCAGAAUGGUUACUUAAUGUUCAAUCAUCGCUUUAUGCAUGGUCACUUGCUGAUCAAUUAAUAAGAAUGAAUCAAAAUUCUGAAGUAACUUGUCUUUCGGCUCAAAUUCUUCGACAUAAAAUUCAACAUAAUUUUGAUGAACUACCGGUAGAACAUUGUAAAGCUUUAUGUGAUUCUUUACUUGAUCAUUUAUCUCGAAUAGAACUCACUCGUAAUACAACAGUGCGUGUUCAAUUAGCUGUUGCAACUGCUGAUUUAGCCCUUCAAUAUGUUGGUUGGGAAAAACCAGUUGAAGAUGUUGUGGAAAAAUUAAAAACAUCAAGUGAACAUAUGUUAACAUUACUCGAAUUUCUAACUGCACUACCUGAAGAACUCAAUACAUCAACAAUAAGAAUCGGAGAAAAUCGUCGUCAAUAUUGUCGAGAAAAAUAUUCGAAUUGUGGAACACAAAUUCAUGACAUUUUAAUAUGUCUUCCACAAGUUAAUCCUUCACAUAAUGAAUUAUUAUUUAUUGGUAUUCUUAAAUGUUUUGCAUCAUGGAUUACUAUUCGAGCAUUUGAUGAAAAUCUUAUACUUACAUCACCAUUAUUAAAUAGUGUUUUAGAUAUUCUUAAAUCAACACAUUGUUCAAAUGAACUUCAUAAAAGUGCAUGCGAUUGUUUAUGUGAUAUACUUGAAUUAUGCGAGGAUUAUCAAAAAUAUUGGUCAUUAGCAGUUUAUUUAAAACAACAAAUCACUCAAUAUUUAUGUCAACCUUAUUCUCAAGCCGUAAUAGAUGAAAAUCUUGAUAAAGCACAAAAUUAUACAAGAAUUUAUACAAAUUUAAUUGAAUCGAUUCUUGAUUGUCUUGUUGAUGGACGUCAAUCAGAUUUAAGUGAUUUAUCAUGUCUUCAUUUGUUACUUUAUCCAUUAGAACAUAGCGAUUAUGAAAAAGUAAAACCUUAUAUGGAGAAAUUAGUUGAUGUAUUAUGUACACAAUGUAAACUUGAUUCUGAUCAUUUGGGUAUUCCACCAGAAACAGAUGAAAAAAAUUCAAAAAAUAAUGGAACAUCAAAUAGUGACUUAGGUGAAUUUCGUUAUCGUGUUCAAUGUCUUAUUGAAGAUACGAUUUAUAUAACGGGUGCUUUGAAUUGUUUUCAACGUAUGUUUGAUAAAUUACAAUCAUCAUCAUCUUUAUCAUGGGAAGAAAGUGAAGCUCCAUUGUAUAUAAUGAGUUGUGUAGCUUCAUAUUUACCACCUGAUGAAGAUAAAAUAGUUCCAAAUGUAAUACAAGCUAUUAUUUCAACACCAAUACAACCCGGUAUUGUUCAUACAGCACUUAAGUAUACAGGUGUUAGACUUAUUUCACAACUUGAAAAUUGGAUUGCGAACAAUGAUCAACAAAUUUUAAAAUCUGUUAUUCAAUAUCUUCUUUCAUUACUUGUUGAUAAAGAAUUACGUCAUAUAUCAGGCGAUGCAAUAUUAAUUAUUUCUCAGCAAUGUCGAAAACAACUUCUUAAUGAUCUUGAUCAAAUAAUACAAGCUACUCUUUGGUUAGAUCUUAAUGAUAGUGGAAGUGAUGCAGCUCAAUGUCUUCUUAAAGUUUCAUCAAAAAUAAUUUCUCGUUUGAUAUCAAUUGACGAUAUUCAUCGGUAUUUAAAAUUACUUUUCGAUCAACAAAUUCAAUCAUUAACUCAGAUUCUUUCUACUCAAUCUGAUACAAAUUAUAGUUCAAUAAUAAAACGACUUGAUUGUUUAACAGCAAUAUUCAGAAGUCUUGAUUUUAAAACAACACAUGAAGAAACACAUCCAUGCAUAACUAUUGUUCAACAGUUAAUGCCAUUACUCAAUUUAAUCAUUGUUCGAUAUCGUUCAUCAGGAAAACUUAGUGAAUGUUGGUCACGUACAAUUCGUUUUAUAAUACGUUCAAUGCGUUCUCAUGCUAAAAUAUUUUUUCAACCAAUUGUCGAACUUAUUAUUUCAAGUUAUGAUGAUGUUCCACAUUCAUGUUUUCUUUAUUUAAUAUCAAUUAUUAUUGAUGAAUAUGGAAAUGAUCAAGAUUUAAAACCAUCAAUUAUUGUUAUGAGUGAACAUUUAACAACUAAAACUUUUUCAAUUCUUAAUAAACCAGAUGGUUUUAAACAAAAUCCUGAUCUUGUUGAUGAUUUUUAUCGUUUAUCAUCAAGAUUACUACAACGAUGUCCACUUGAAUAUCUGAAAUCCGGUGUAAUUCAACCAAUAAUUGAACAAAUAAUUCCUAAUUCUCACUUAGAACAUCGAGAUGCAAGUUCAAGUAUGAUCGCAUUUUUACAAACAUUAGUUAAACUAACAUCACAUAAAAAUAAAGAAAUCAAAAAUAAAUCAGAAUUAUCUGAAAUUCGUUCAUUGUCAAUGUCAUUAUGUGAAACAUAUAUUCCUAAUCUUUUAACAGCAUUCAUUCGUGCUAUUGUUAUUUCUCGUGUUCCAUCAUCAAUUCGUUCAUCAAUAUCAGAAUUUGUUUCUGAAGUUAAAACUUAUAUGUCCGAUAAAUUUCCACAAUGGUUACAAAAAUCAUUAACUGAAAUACCACGGACAAGUAAAAAUGGCUUAGUAGAAAUCGUUACUUUAAAACAACAUGAACAGUUUUAUAAAGCUCUAUGCGAAAGCGAUACUCAACCAUCAACGAUUGACUAUGAAUUUGAAACAUUUGCAAAAUUGUAUCGAUGA